ACUGGGAAUGGGAAUCUUUCACAGGUGCUUUGGAGGCCCUGCUUCCACUUCUCGGAAACAUUCUCCCACAACAAUAGAAUAUCUAUGCCAUCGCUUUUCUCUUUCCCAACUUCGAAAAUCCACCGACAACUUUGACGACAGCCGGAUUAUAGGUGAAGGGCCCUUUGGUGUGGGGUAUAGGGCUCGCAUCUCCGUCAAUGGCCAAAUGAAAGAUCUUAUAGUGAAAAGGCUCCGGCGAGAAGCGGCGAAUUCCUCAUACGGGCUCUUACUGUAUAAGAACGAUAUCAUAUUUAGAUGUCAGCUUCACCAUCCGAAUCUCGUGUCUCUGGUUGGAUUUUGCGAUGAUCAAAAUGAAAUGAUCGUGGUCUAUGACUACGCCCCAAACGGAUCACUCUAUCAGCAACUUUACGAAACAGAGGCUAAGCCACCGAUACGACCAUGGAAGAAAAGGCUAGAAAUCAGUAUAGGAGUGGCGCGUGGAUUACACUACCUUCACUCAGGAACCAAACGCACCAUCAUUCACCGCGAUAUUACACCGUUUGCCAUUCUUCUGGGCGAGCAUUGGAUUCCCAAACUCAAUUUUUUCGGGUUCUCUAUAAAAGGACCAAAGUUUUCAGAAAAGGAUGUGAAACCCAUACAGUUGGAAUCCAUUGAAGGCCCUGUGGGAUACAUAGCUCCUGAGUGCAUUAGUGGCACUAAUGUCACGUAUAAAAGUGACGUCUAUUCUUUUGGAGUAGUUUUGUUAGAACUCAUUUGCGGAAAGACUUUAUUCGAGAUUGCUCAGCAUAAGGGGCGUCAUGUUGAUAAGACUGCAAGUGUCAUUCCAUUUACAACGAGUGUGGUUAAGGACGUCCGUAAUUUGGAAGAAAGAGGAAAUGCUGGAGGAAUUAUUGAUCAGAGUUUGAUGGGAGAAAUAGCAGCAGAGUGUUGGAAAUUGUAUAUGGACAUUACAGAGAGUUGCUUGAGUGAAGAUCCCGAUGAGAGGCCUGAUAUGGGAGACGUUGAAGUCCAACUUGAACGUCUAUUGCAAAUACAAGAGGAAGCAGACACCAACCAUGCUUUUCAUGCUUUCUUGAUUUAAUUUCUUUGCUUGUUUGAAUCUUUCAUGCUUACUCUUCCACUAGAAAAUACUUGUUUGUGUCUCUUAAUUACUGGAUUCUUUAGAUUUAACCUCUCAUAAUCCGUUUCUAUAUCAUUUCCAUUAUCUUACUUCUCGUGAUUUCUUGCAUGUAGUUGGAUUGGUGUUUGUAAAUGCGAAAUAUAACUUCUCGAUCAUGAUAUGGUACCAAAAUGUUCGAAAAACAUUUAUCUUUCACCAUUCACGUAAUUACAAGUGUUUCUUUACCUUUUUUAUUUUUUUGGGGGGGGGGGGCACCAAAUGCAAGCAAAUUUUAUUGUAGCUCGCUGUUUUACUUCUGCAAUAUGCUAGAGGCAAAAUCUGCUGAAAGAAAUUUUUAAUUCCUUCAGAGACAGCUAGCAUCAGGCAUCAGACCUCACUUUACUUACCAAGAAGGCAAGAACCAGGCUUAACCGUCAUCAUUAUCCAUUGCAAAUUGCUGGUAUAUAAUGCUUUUCUUGUUGAUUUGGUCCUAUGGCUGCAGUAGGGAAUGAUAUUUUAACUUGCAAUGCAACAACUGAUGGCAGUUUUACUGUGAAGAGUGCAUAUUACUUGCUAGAAAUGAUGAUGAAGCACCGAUGGUCUUAACAACCGGUUUUCAAAGUCUUUGCAUUAAGCAGAAUUAUUCAUUGAUGUUUGUAUUCCAUUUUAGAUGCAACUAUUAGGCACAAGCAAGUUAAAUAUAUAGGUUAUGUU